CGUAAUCAAAAUGUAGCUAAUCUGUAUCACAAAUGGGCUCUCGAACAAUCUGUCAUUAUCAAAAUUUUAUCAAAAAGCGCCUGAAAAUAUGAAUGAUAACAUGUGUUUCGUGACUGUUUCAUAUAAUUUAUGGUCAAAAUAGUCAUCUUUGACCGUCUUGGUGGACGUGCAAGGAUACAAAUAGGAAUUGUAUUACGAAAAAAAUAGGAUCCAUAAGUUCUUCCGGCUUAUUUAAGUAACGAGCAUGGUGUUAUACUAAGAGUGUCUAUUUAUUGUUUACCAUCAUUCCAGUAAGAAAAACAAAAAAAAGUGAAAAAAAUGGCAAGAUAUUUCGAAAAUACGUCUACGUUUAAUUUUAGUUGGGACCAAGUUGCUUGUGGUUACUGGAAAAGGUACCCAAACCCUCAGAGUACACAUGUUCUAUCAGAAGACACAUGGAGCAGAGAAGUCAAGAAUGGAUGUUUAUAUACAAAACGAGUGCUAACUAAGACAAAUAGGGUUCCCAAAUGGGGUGAGAGAUUUUUUAAUGCGAAAUCAGUCAAGAUUAUUGAAGAGAGUAUUGUUGAUCCCGAGAAAAAAAUAUUUGUUACAUACACGAGAAAUCUUGGGUAUACUAAAGUUAUGAGCGUGGUGGAGCGCGUGGAGUACCGGUCCGCAGGCCCGGGCCUGACGGUGGCGCGGCGCUCGGCCUGGAUCGACUCGCAGGUGUUCGGCUUCUCGCGCGCCAUCAGGGCCUUCGGCGUCGACCGCUUCAAGAAGAACUGCAACCAAAUGGUGAGCGGCUUCAACCACGUCCUGCACAGCAUGUUCCCGCGGCAGGUGUCCCCGCAGCACAGCAUGACGCACACGCUCAAGGAGAUGCGCGACGCCGCCGCCGCCGCCACCGACCGCGCCAAGGCCAACGUGCUGUCCUCCGUCAACAGGACAUAACACGACCCCGACUGACCCGCCUGACCCGACUGAGGUCACCCUGACCCUAAAGGUCGAAGACAGUGCUACCGUGCUACAAGUGUUACAGUGCUAGUGAUUGGCAGGCCAUCUCAAGCUCCCGGUCCAAUACAUCAACUUUAUUAAGUUUUAACCAGUCUAAAGAUGUUAAUGUUUGCUAGUAACAAACUGGUUUUGCUUAGUUUCUAUUUGCUGUUGAAAGUGGGAGGUGUCGAUUAGGCUCCGCCCAUUGAACAUUAUGCCAGUUUGCGUCAUUGUUGUUAGAACUUAAUCUUGUAUUGAUAUGAAACCUUUAUUGAUUAUUGUAAAGGGCUGUAAUACUUCAUUGACUGUCUGACACAGAGUAUUAAGCUGAUAGAGUGUAAAAUGAGUUUGAAUGCUCGUAUCUCAAAUACAGUGGAUAUUUGACGACAAGUACAGAACUGCUUCUAGAAUCAAAGAUGUUAGUCUGAAGGAUUAGAGUGUUUCUGAUGUUGGUCUAAUCUCUCACUCUAAAUAUCUAGAGCACGGCUUUCUCGUAAAAUAAGACUUUAGUGGAUCAUCUUUAACUGUACAUUGAAUCAUUUAAUAUAGUAUUAAAUGUAAAUAGGUGAUUAAAAAUACCUACUUCUGCUCUCAUAUGCAAACAAAAGUAGGUGUCAAAAUUUAAGCUUAAUAAACCCUUAGCUAUAAAAUUCUAGUGGUCUCGAAUUUCUUUAGUAAAAUAUCAUAUUAGUACUAUAUUGUUUAUCUCUGUUCAGUUCGAGGCAAGUCCAUUUUGAUACUCAAAAUGUAUUACUUUCUAUUUCACUGCCAUUUUCUUCAUUUACACGCACACAGCUACUUGUACCUUCACCACAUUCCAGCCCUGUGGUAUUAUGUAUUUAUGUGUAUCAAAUACCAUUGUUUUUUUACCAAUUGUGAAAUACUCAACCCGUUUCGUAGUUAUAUGGUGUCUAAAUUUAAAGAGGGUAGUUUGAAUUUACAAUUGGUAAUUAACAAAUGGCAUAUAGAAAGAUGCUUGACUGAGUAAAGUUUGAUAUAUUAUUUGGAUUGUAUAAGGUUAGCGAUUUUGUGAGCUGCGAGUUUUGAUGACUAAGUGAAUGCCCUAUACCUCUCAUUUUAGUUGUGAAUUUAUUAAAAUGAGGGAUUAAAUAAAUUGUUAUAAUCCUGUGAAAAUGUUCGAAUUAUGGAUGAAAUUAUAACAUUUCUGUAUUUUAAAUUGAUUGAAUGAUAGAUUUAUAGUUUUUUGAGGAAGGUACAGAAAUAUUAAAACUAAAAAUUGCAAGUAAUUAAUAGUACCAUCUUUCGCAUAAAUAUUGAAUAACUUGCGGUAUAGGAAGACUGUCAGGUGGCUCCUGAUUGCUAACUGCGAUAAUGAGAAUAAUUUAUAUUAUUUAAAAUAUGUUUAUUUAUUUGUAUAUUAAAUUAAACAAAAAGUGAAUUAUCAAUUCUAUUCACACUGGCUUCUAUGAACAAUGAAUAUAGAAUAAUCUUGAUACUUGCACUUUAAUAAGAUGGCAGAUAAUAUACAAAAUGUUAUUAUAAUGAGAAUGGUAUAUUUCUAUUUCCAAAGUGGUUUAUUUACAAAUUUAAUGCAUGUACCAAACACUACUGUCAAAACACAAUACCCACUUUGGACUAUAUUUAAUUAAAGGGUUGUGUGAUGACUGCCACGUAAAUAAACCAUUGAUAAUAUAUAAAGAAUGUUAAUUAUAAAAAUACAAAACCUUGCCAUAAAAUCCAAUCAAAAAUCUACAAAAGGAAAAUAUCAAUUUUUAAAUAUAAGAAUUAUAUUUUAGUCUAGUCUCUUUGGGAAAUCAUAGUUCACUUAUCUACCUAUUGCAUUUAGGUCUUAACACCUACCCUACUGUAAUAAAACUUAGUCUAUUCCUAUUGUCUAUGUUUGAGCACCACUUGGAAUUGGGAAGUUAAUAUCGCCUUGUUUCUUAAAUGAAAUAUAUUUAAUGUGUUGCGUCUAUAAGUUAUUUAAUGUGAUUUUAAAACUUGUUAUUUAUGCUAUAAACAAUGUCUUCCUUGUUGAUUAAUGAACUAAUAACAUACAACAUGUUGUCUUGGUCAAUGGAGGAUAUACAAUGAAUACUCAUAACAAGACCGUGUUUAUGCGUAUUGCUUCCCAACGACAGUGGCAUAUGAGGGGAUGAGACGUAACUUGUUCGUUAACACUUUUUAGAUGGAUAUUCUAAACACAUGUUAUCAUAACACAAAGUUUAGGUAUGUUUGAGCAGAUCCAUAGUAUAAAUUUAGUAUUAGUUACCAUAAUCAAUGAUAAGAUAAUAAAACGAGUCUAUUUAA